UCAUGACAAAUCACAUUUUCCUCACUUUCUUCCAACAGGUUUUAGACUUCAAUGGGAGACCUGCAAAAAUGCCUCAACACCGGCGAAUAUGGAAAUCUAAAAAACUGUCCCCUGUUCGAAAGUAAUUUCGUACAGGUCACCAGAUUGGGGGAAGUAGCCAAUAGGGUCACCAUGGCUAUUGCUGCAAGCAGUCCGGCCUUAGAACUGCCCGAUCUGAUGAUACUUGCGAGGCCCAUCGAAUAUCCAAUGGAGGAAUGCACCUGCCAGUGUCCCGAAGCCAAGUUUGUCCCAAGAGAGCAGCUACAACUGACUGCGCUCCUGCCCCUGAAGUUUGUACGGAUCUACGUUCACAGGGAGAGCCGAUACCAGCUGAAACUGAGCCUGGCCAAUGGCCGCACGUUCUAUUUGCAGCUUCUAGCCCAUCCUCUAAAAGUGGACCAUCUCUUUGGGCAGUGGGUGCGGCUGCUCUACCGCCUGCGGUUCUACCGCACGGACGCUCCCAUCACCUAUCGACUGGUGGACCAAAGAUACCCUUACUUUAGUACGCUCGGAAUCUUCGUUAUAAUCGGUGUGGGCAAGGGGGAACCGGCGCCUGUAAUUCACGACUUUGGCCACAGGAGGGCAGCAGCUGCGUCCCUAGCAGCUCCCCUCCUCAAAGAGACUCCGGCACCGCCACAACCUCGACGUGCGGCCUCGUGCGAAGGCGGCGCCUGA